AUGAGUCUAAGAUCAAAGUAUGCCAGCCCGUACUCUAUCGCAAGCGCCAGCAAGCAGCCAGGCGACAGGUCGAAAUUGAGCUUGCCCACACCAAAACUGGGGGAUAGGAACCAGAAUCAGAAUGUGUUGGCACUUGGAGUUGACAACGGCAAGAACGGGGAAGGAGAUGGCGAUGGCGACGACAUGAUGAUGAUUGAAGACGAGGAAGUGUAUGAGUACAUGUCCAAUGCAGCUGUGAGCGGCAGCUUGCCCGAUAACGACCGCAUGGUGAUUGAGGAAUCCCCCGAGUUCGAAACCAUUGACGGGAACAUCACUUUUUUGGUGGUGGACACCAACUUCGUCUUGAGCCAUUUGGACAUUGUUGAGGACUUGAAGCAGCUCGCAGUGCAGUUCCAGCUCAAGAUAGUCAUUCCGUACUACGUGCUUGUCGAGCUAGAUGGCUUGAAAGAGAGACGGCGCACGGUGAGUGGAAAAGACGAUGUAUCCGCCUUGGCCGUGCGUGCCAACGAUUGGAUACACGCAGCUCUUGCCACUAGUCUGCCGGUAGUUCGAGCCCAGAGCUUAUCGCAGCGCAUAGACAAGGACAAGGUGAAAGAUGAUGCGAUUCUAGAUUGCUGCUUGUAUUUCAGGGAAAAGUAUGCCAGUUUGGUCGUGUUGCUCACGAAUGACAAGAAUCUCAAUAACAAGGCGCUAGCCAACGAGUUGCCUACGGUUAAGUACGAGUACAAACUCAGUGCUGGGUCCAUUGCUGAGACAUGUCUCCGCGAAAACAUCCAUAAAUUUGGCGUUAGGGAAAAAGUCGAAGUUGCUCGAGCCCAGGGCUACAGGAUCCCUCUGCAGCAGCAGCAGCAGCAGCAGCAGCAUCAGCGCAAUUAUUCAGACAACCCCGCUGGCACCAAGCCAACAAAAGAGUGGCUAGAGCAGGCGCUUCAAGUCGAAGAAAAUCUAACCCCCAGGGAAAUCUUGAGCCGACUCUACUUGGAGAUUCACAACGGAUUACAACCAGCGCUUCACAAAUGCAUGCAGGAUGAAUACAAGGAAGAACUCGAGCUCGUGCGCGACUAUGACCGGGACAGCUUUGCCUCAUUACAAGCUUGUAGUUUGCUCAUAAUUAGGUUUUGGCCGCAGGUGUUUAGUCAGUAUUUCCGAACAAUGCGUAGCAAAUUCGUGCCAUUUGAAGAAAGAGGCGAGCGCAGAAACGUCAAGAGGAAACCCGUUUACACUGACUUGCCCACCGAGUCCAACGCUCAACAGUUUGUCAAUUUCUGGGGUGCUACAUUACUGGUUAUUUACAGAGGAGUCAUGGAUGAAGGUGAGCAGGAGGCGUUGGAGGCAAUGAUUCAGAGAUGGAAUAAAAUGGUGGCCAUGAUUUGA